AUGGAAAACCACAACUCGCCCACCGGCGCACCGUCCAAUUCGGACCCCAAAGACCCAGCCUCGUUCCUGUCCUCGAUUAUCGGCGUCCCCGUUACCGUCAAGCUCAACUCGGGGGUGGUUUACAAGGGCGAAUUGCAGAGUGUGGACGGGUACAUGAAUAUCGCGCUGGAGAAGUGCAGUGAAUACGUGGACGGGAAAAUGCGACGCAAGUAUGGCGACGCCUUUGUCAGAGGGAACAACGAAGGGGGGAAGGGAAAGGAAGGCAAUGGUUCUUCCGGCGAGAGAAACUGUAAAUGA